UCGACGCUCUGACCACGCCCAGCCUCCGCGAGGCGUCAGGAAGUGAUGCGCGUCUCCUCCUCCAGCGUGACACGCCCAGCUCAGAAAAGCGCCUUUUUAACGUCCUGGGAUCGUUUAAGAUGUCUUCAUUAAGUGGAAAAUCUGAUCAGGAGAUCAUUCAGCUGCUGGAUGAAUAUGGCAUUAAACAUGGACCCAUAGUAGGAUCCACACGAAAGCUCUAUGAAAAGAAGCUGAAUGAAGCCAUGACCAAAAAAGCUAAACCUUCCUCGUCUGACAAGACAUACUACCGAGAAGAACAGGAGGAAGUGGAAUAUAUUACCUAUCAUCAGUCCCAGCCACAACUGAACAUGUACGAUGGAUCAGGUGAUGUCACAAGGAGGUCAAGGGUCACCGAAACCGACUUUUCCCAUGACAUACGGAGGUCAAAGGUGACCGAUUACCGAGAUGAAGACAAAGGCUAUAACAAUGAGCCCAUUAUCAGCCCAACUCGCUUGUCCUAUCAGAGUUCUUCUCGGCCAGGCCCAUCCGUCUCCAGAUCCGUUCAGCACGUUCAGUCCAGUCCAGAGACCAGCAAAUCUGGAGGUGUGCCGGGCUGGCUCCGUGUCUUGGUGUUUCUAAUCAUUGCUGUGUUUCUUUAUUAUGUGUACACAUGUAUGGAGCCUGCAGAGGAGACCCCCUUUAAAAACCUCCAGUAGAGGAGCAUGUUCAUCAGCCCCAAACUAAACUGAUUCAGUACAAGAACAGCCAAAAACAUAGCCUGGAAUAAGAGCUAAUAAUAUUCUGAGUACAGAACGUGAGGUUUAGUAAGUCGUAAACGUGUGCAUAAUGCGCACAUUUUUAUCCAAAUACUUGCUUUGUGCAUUUUUAUAAUUAAAUAGGUACAGAUGUGGACGACCAUAUCCAUUUUAAGAAAAUUCUGAUUUUUUUGGAUCAUCGGGGCAUUAAAGUGUCUUUAAAACGUAUUUUCUCAUGAGUUGUAUGUAAAAUCCUUUUGCUGUGGCCGUGUAUUUAGGGCUUGUGUUCAUGUGCCAUUCUGUAGCACUAUUUGUUACACCGUUUCAAUUUGCUGUCUUCAGUGUUAAACCCUUUUUAAAAUAAAUUCUGUGGUGCUGAACAUAAAAUGAAAGAGAUUCGAGCAAAGAAGUACACAAGCGUAUGCUAAUUUGUGAAAAAUAGUUACUGUUAAAAGCUAUUGUUAGGUACAAUGCAAUAACCCCUUCAGAGAAGACUAAAUUCACAAUAUUACUUAAAGUGCCUUACUAGUGUGGAACAUUCUGAAGGGUAAGGGUUUUAUUAAACAAAUGUCUUUCAUUACUUUCCUCCUGCUGCUUGUCCCUGACAUGUAAACACUACCAAAGUUUAUAUAUGUAUUGUUCUUACAAGAAUUUUAGAUGAAUAAAACAUUUCUCAUUUUGCAAAAUGAUUGAAGGCAAAAAGAUGCCCAAAAACUUCUUAAAUCCCCAACGUUUGCUUGAAAAAAUGUACUGUCUUUAAAAAGAUUUGAAAUGUUAUCUAAUAAAGUUACAUUUGUGA